AUGGUGGGAAUCUGCGGCUUCGGCCAAGGGCAGCUGUUCGCGCGCGGCGCCACCGACGACGACAACGUGCACCUGGAGUGCCCCGCCGGCGGUAUCAUCUCCGAGAUCGUGUGGGCGCGCUACGGCCGCAUCGAGGGCUCGUGCGAGGACGUCGCCACCACGACGACGCCACUCACGGUGCACGACGCGUGCGAGGCCUCGCCAGCGACGGUCAAGAAGCGCGUGGCGAGCGUGUGCGUGGGCCAAACGUCGUGCGUAGUGCGCGCCGUUGACACGCUCUAUGCCGAGGCCGAGGGCGAGCCGUUCCUGUGCGCCGACGAGCAGAUCGAGUGCCGCGAGAACCAGUGGCUGUGGACCGAGCGGUCAAUGCGGCAGCAGGCGCGGUACGAGUCGCGCGAGCACCAGGCGCAGGCGCACAUGGCGCCGGUGACCUAUGCCGGCACGGAGGACCACCACUUCAAGUCGACCAUGGUGUUCAUGUGGGACUUGCGCAUGGAGUCGGCCGAGGUGUGGGGCAGCGGUGUGGCCAAGGCCAACCUGGCCGACCUGCAGCCGUGCGAGGGGUGCUUUGCGGAGGAGAGCGAGAAGCUGCGGGCUCUGUUCGCCACGGCGGUCGAGGUGGCGGUGGCGGGGCGCCCGACCUACCCGAUCGUGCUCACGGACGCGGCGGCGACGGCGGCCGGUGUGGAGAGCGGGAGCCGGCUGGACGCGGGCGGGUUCGGCUACUCGCUGGCGGCAGCCAAGGUCAACGCUCUGCCCUCCAUGCUGGCGGUGGCGUGGAUCGCCGAUCGGAGCACGGUCUCGUGGGCGCUCUUCCGCCAGACGUCGCAGUCGUCGGCGGCCAUGGUCUUGCGGAUGGUGUCGGGCGACAUGAACAACGACGGCGACGACGAGCUCGUGGUGGCGUUCACCAGCGCGACGGCGGGCAGCGGCAGCCAAGUCGAGGUGUUCCGCGUGGACAGCGCGACGUGCUUCCGGCUGGCGUGUCUCGAGCUGGUGGGCAGCUUUGCCUUUGUGCUGCCCAGCGGACCCACGGUCUCGGCUUCGGCCGCUGCCGUUCUGGCGGGCGUGGUGGAUUCAUCGACGACGAUGACGACGACGACGACGACGACAGGGUCGGCGGAGUAUAGCCAGACGACCACGAGGAGCCCCGAGAUCAAGCUGGCCAUUGGCAACGUGGACGAGAGCUACGCCAACGAGCUGCUGGUGGCGUUCGAGUACUCGCCCACGAUUGCGUCGGCGUCGCACAAGGUCAUGCUGACCAGCCUCACGGCGCAGCCCGACCCCGAUCGGCCCUUCGUCAUCAACGCGCUGCUCCACUUCUCCUUCAUGUGA